UUCCACUAGGCCCAUAAUCAUCAUUUGCUAAUAUCAAUAACACGGCAUAAAGCACUUUUUCCACCGAAUUUUGAAUUAAGAGCACAACACCAUCUAUGCAUGUGCAUAAACCACUAGUCUACUACGUUCGGUGUUAUUACUAUUUGUUGUUCGAUGGUCAUAAAAUUCAUUUUGCUGUGGGUGUUCAGUACUUCGGUGACAUUCUUUUUUUGGCUUUUCACCCAAGCUUGUUAACCGUUUCUAUUUUUUACUGCAAACCAUCUUAAUUUGAUUUGAAUAAAAGUCAUAACCAUUGUAUUGUGGCGCGAACCAUUUAAAAUAAUAAUACUAGACAUUUUUUGAACAUUUUUUAAUAGACUUUGGAGUAUCUCUUUUUCCCGCUUAUUUCAAAACUGAGAUUUACCAUCCAUGACUAUAUAUAGAGAUAUAUCCCUCAAAAGGAUGAUACAUAGAGGUGCUUUGUGUUUUUGAAGAUAGGUUACUUGAUAUCGUGUUUAGUUAGCCGGUCUUGAAAAAUAGAUGACUUGAUACAAAAACCUUUUGUUAUGAGUGAGUCUCUUGCUUUCUUGAUACUCAUUUGCUUGCUAUUUAGACCUUUCAGUUCUCAUCAUCUGUAUCCAUUAUAAUAUGGUCAACUCUAAACACAUACUAUAAUUUAGUUUCUUACGCACAUUCCUUUUGGUAUCUGGUAUUUGGCAUUGCCGUUUAUUCUCACAAGAUGUAUCCACUUUAUAUAGAAAAAACUCCUAAACAUAUAUUUAUAUCAAUAAAUUUUCUUAUGAUGUGCCAGUAACAACAUGUAUAAUUAGUCUGAUCUCAUAAUAAAUCACUAAUAAUUUUCUAGUAAAGUAAAUUAUCUAAGUGUUUUGUCGAUUUCGAAAAAUAAGGAUUUCAUAUUAAUAUUUGACUAUUUUUUCCUCAUAUUAGAUAUUAAUUUUAACUAAAGCAUUUCAUCAUUUUAAUCUAUUUAAAGAUGUAAAAUCUUGUGAAGAUGUUCAUAUAGAAAAAAUUACCUUCCACACCAAUGAGACUGCGCGUGAGCUUACACGCUCGCAAAUACUCUCUUUCAUAAUAAACACUUACAAAUUACAAUUGCUUUGCCAUUAAUUGGCAUUAUACUCUCAAUGCCCCCUAGAUCUUUUUUAUGGUUAUCUUAACUCAUUUAUUCAUAUCUUAACUCUCAAAUUUUUAUAUACAUCCAAGAGUUAAGAAUAAGAGAGCCUUGGUUUUUGACUAAUAUUAGCCUAAGGUUUAUUGUGUGAAGAAAUCUUCAGAUUCUAUUAGUACACAACCUCUGACACGUUUUGCUCAUAAUCUCAGUCUUUUAAUAACAAGAUGCAUCUCUUCUUCAGUUUCCACGCCCCAAGAAUAUAUAUAAGAACCACUCCACAACACCAAAGAGCAUAACAACAACAACACCAAAACUAAGAAGAGCUCUUGAGAGAAAUGGAUAACUCGAAUGUGGUCGUUAGGGGAAACCGUCAAGUGAAUGAAGAGAAGCCUCCUCCGCGAGUGUGUCCAAGGUGUAGCUCAGACAACACCAAGUUCUGUUUCUACAACAACUAUAGAGUGACUCAACCUCGCUACAACUGCAGGAACUGUCGCCGAUUCUGGACUCAUGGUGGAGCUUUAAGGGACGUACCAAUUGGUGGAAGAGCCCGCAAAAUCAAGCAUAUAGAUCAGCCAUCUGUUUCUCAGGUGGUUCCUGAUGAGAUCCAGCAGGUUAAUCAUCACCAACCUUUCUCACAUGUUCAAGAAACAACCCAGUUUCUUGAACCAUUUGGUGGUUCUUCUUCCUCUGCUGUUGUUGGGAACCAUUUCAGUUCGUUGCCUGAAACUCAUGGUGAUAUGAUGCUUCCAACUCGAAGUAUUCCACCGAUGGAUCUCUUUGAUGGAUUGUUUCACCAAGGUUAUUACGGUGCUGGACUCAAUAAUUUUGUUGGUAAUCAUUUGAUGAACCAAUCAAUUGGUGGACAUGUUGAUAACUAUAGCAGUUACCGCGUGAACCAAGAGAAUCCAAACAUGCGAAACCAGAGCUUCACCAACACCAUGAUGAUGAACCAUAAUGCCGGCACUAGUGAAAGAAGAGGAUAUCCAGGCAUUGAUCACAUGAUCAACAACAACAACAACAACAACAACAACAAGUCUGUGUUUAGAUCCUCCUAUCAUUAGGAGAAGCAUGGUCCUUGAAUCAUAACCGUUUUACCCGUUUUCUCUUUAUAUUAUGCUAAUAAUGUUUUAGUUUUUCGUUUAUGGUUUGUGUUCGGUCUUCUUGUUUUUCAGCUCUGUUGGGUCUUUUUGAUUUAAGUUCUAAAACUAUGCAUCUUUGUUUCCUUAAAUAUUAAGACAUAAGUUACCUGUCUGGUCUUUUCUAUAAUAUAUAUAAUUAAUCAUCACCA